GCGUUGUUAGUGUAGGAAGUUGCAACGGUUGCUUUGUGUCUUUAGGAAAACUACAUAAGGUGGAUCUUUUCUUAUUUUAAAAGUUGUCGAGAAUAAUUGAGAAGUUUUUCACUUUUUCAUUCUCAGUUUUUUCUCUACCAUGCUCUGUAUUUGAAGCAAUGGCUUCUGGUGUAAUACAAGAGCAGAACUUCAACAGCGGUUACGGAGGAAGUGAUGGUGGCCGAUGUGGAUACGGUGGUCGUCGUGAAGGCGGUAGCGGUUACAGAGGAGGUGAUGGUGGCUACGGAGGAAGUGAUGGUGGCCGAUGUGGAUACGGAGGUCGUCGUGAAGGCGGUAGCGGUUAUGGAGGAGGUGAUGGUGGCUACAGAGGAAGCGGUGAUGGUGGCAGUGGCUGAUCAUUAACGAUCGUGAGGCUGGAAGGUCAAGGGGAUUCGGAUUUGUCACCUUCAAGGACGAGAAAUCCAUGAGGGAUGU